AGCCUUGUGAUUGUGAUUGCAUUAUUCGGCGGGAAGCUCAGACCAGAAGCUGGUAUUCGGCCAUCGUGACAGAAGAAAGGCGUAAUAUCGAAAUAUAAUUGUCGGAUUCAAAUAAUUUGCAAUUAUGUACAAGUUAACGGAAGGAGCCUUAGAAAAAAUCAUGAGAGGCGUAGAUGUGGAAAAACCGAUACUUCAAAUGUUGGGUUACAAAAAACUACCAAAAUCUGUGAAUAAAGAUGGUACUCCUGGUUGUGAUCGAUACAGAUUACUCGUAUCUGAUGGACAGAAAUUCAACUCAUUUACAAUGCUGGCUACCCAAUUAAACAAUCUCAUAACCGAUGACAUUCUGACUGAAUAUGCAAUCUGCAAAGUAACAAACUAUCAUCUGUCUACGGUGAACAAUGGUGGCAAGGAAAAACGCGUGAUAUUAAUAAUGGGUAUCGAGGUGACAGUUCCUGGCCGCACAGUUGGAUGUAAGAUAGGUGAUCCAACUAACAUAGACAACAAAUCAGAGUCUGAGCCAACUACAUCUAAUACAAAUACAGCCUCGACUAAUGGACGUUAUCAAACUAAUGGUGCAGCUCAGAAAAAUACUUCAAAUAAUUCCUUUUCAUCUGAUAUAUGUACUACACCAAUUGCGGCAUUAAGUCCUUAUCAAAACAGAUGGGUGAUUAAGGUUCGUGUGACCAAUAAAUCUGCGAUUAGAACAUGGAGCAACUCUCGUGGAGAGGGUAAACUGUUCUCUAUGGAUUUAAUUGAUGAGAGCGGUGAGAUUCGAUGCACCGCGUUUAGAGAUAUGUGCGAUAAAUUCUAUGAUAUGAUAGAGAUUGGAAACGUGUACUAUAUCUCACGAUGCGCGCUGAAAGCGGCAAAUAAACAGUUCAACUCAUUAAAGAAUGAUUACGAGAUGACAAUGACCAACGAUACAGAAAUUGUGCCAUGCCAUGAGAACAGCGAAGACAUACCGACGUUGCAGUUUAAUUUCUGUGCCAUAAGUCAGGUGGAAAACAAGGAGAAGAAUGAUAUGAUAGACAUUUUAGGCAUUGUCACAACAUUCAAUGAUGUGCAACAUAUAACACAGCGAAGUACUGGUCGAGAACUUGUAAAAAGAGACAUUAAUAUCGUCGAUGAUAGUGGUGCGAUGAUAAGCGUCACACUUUGGGGUAAACAGGCCGAAGAUUUUGAUGGUUCCAAUAAUCCGAUUAUCGCUAUUAAAGGAGCGCGCAUCGGAGAAUUCAACGGCGGAAAGAAUUUGUCUCUUUUAAAUUCAUCCGUACUCGAAAAGGAUCCGGAUUUACCGGAAGCACAUAGAUUGCGUGGAUGGUAUACUACAGUGGGUCAUUCGGAGACCGCCAAAUCGCUAUCUAAAGCAGGUGGUAGUGGUGAUUUCAAUGCACCUUUAUAUACUUUCCAAGAAGCGACCGAAGCACGGUUGGGAGAGAAAUUAAAUCUCGCCGAUGCUUUUACAGUUGUGGCCACUAUCAAUUUAAUUCGCGUGGAAAAUUCGAUUUACAAGGCUUGUCCUGUAGAAAGUUGCAAGAAGAAGUUAAUUGAUCAAUCUACUGGAAUAUUCAGAUGCGAGAAGUGUAAUAGAGAUUAUCCUAAUUUUCUUUAUCGCUUGUUAGCAAGUAUGAAUAUAGCGGAUGCAACAGGCAAUCGCUGGAUAACCGCCUUCAACGAGGACGCUGAAAAGAUAUUAGGCAUGUCGGCGCAAGAAUUGGGAGAAUUAAAGGAAAACGAUAACGACGCCUAUAUGCAGAAAUUCGCUGAGGCGAGCUUCAAGAGAUUCACGUUCAGUUUGAGGGUGAGAUCUGAAGUUUUUCAGGAUGAAAUGAGAGUGAAACACACCUGUGCAUCGGUCGCUCCGCUAAAUUACAAGACUCACUUGACACAUCUGAUAGAUAGAGUUUCUAAGCUGGUGCAUAUCGAGAAAUUGGAAUCCAACUGAAUAAGAUCUCAUAAAUUUUGAUAAUAAGUUAAUAAGUUUAUGUGUUAAAUUUGUAGAUUAUAAUAAUCUUAGAUAUUAUUCUAUAUUUUUAUACA